AUGUCUGCGAUGUCGUUGAUAGGUCGUGUUUUCACGAGACAAAUUGUUGAAGUUUGUUCGAAAGCCGUGUCGGUGUCGGUUCAACUACAGCCAAGAAGAAGCCAGUGGAAUCUUGUGAAAAAGCCGAAACCCGGAGAGAAAGGGAAAAGUUACCGGAGGAUUGUUCAUUUUAAAGACGAGUACACGGUUGAGCCUUUAAACGUUACGAAUUUAGCAGGCAGAGAUCCCGUCACGGGAAAAGUAGUGGCAAAGGGUAUUGGUGGAGGGAUCAAACACAAAUACCAUUGGAUUCAGUGGAUCAGAGAUGGGCCAACCGAUCUCAACGUACCACCGAAAGAAGACAAAGUCUUAGCAGUAUUCAAAGAUGGUUGUAGAACCUCAUUCGUAGCUUUGGUUGGAAGCGGCAGUGAAUUGCGAUAUAUUCUUGCCACAGAAAAUAUGAAAGUUGGAGACAUAAUCCGAACACAUCGGGGCAUUCCUAUAAAUCACGUUCGAGCUUUUGAAGGAGAUGCUUAUCCAUUGGGAGCAUUGCCCAAAGGAACAAUCGUCAAUUGCGUAGAAAAGUAUCCAGGUCAAGGAGGUGCUCUUAUUCAUGCCGCCGGGACGUUUGGCGUGAUAACAAAGAACGAUGAGGAUCGCGUGAUUAUUAGAAUGCCUAGCAAAAAAGAGUUUAGCUUACACGAAACCUGCAUGGCAACUGUAGGUAGGUUAUCAAAUGUCUUGCAUGGUUCAACACCAAUCGGUAGUGCACAGAAGAACAGAGAGCUUGGCAAUCGACCAAGAAGCGGUCUAUGGCAGAGGAAAAGUGGCAAACAUGGACGGAAAAUAAAGGCUCUACCGCCUGUACGAAAGAUUGGCGUAGGUGAAGGGAACGUACCAAAGAGAGAGACACUAUCGCUUAAUUAUCGGCCAUUGAAUACUUACACCGUUCGAAGAUUAGGAUUUUUCGAGAGCACCUGUUCCCGGACAUCCGGUUCCAAAUCAUCCACCGAAAUAGGUACCCGUUGUACGAAUAAAGCACAACAGAGAGGAGUAGCAAAUGUCAGACACACUCCGCAAAUUAGCACUUGUAUAGGCACAACAGCCCAUCUCGCGUUACGCAAUAGUUGUCGUCGAUCCAUGAAAUUCAUUACAACGGGCGCCAAUACUAGAACAGAUGAAAUUUUUUAA